UUCUUCCGGCGGCUCUUUCCUUUCCCAACGUGGAGCCGUGCGACGAGCCGCGCCAACAUGGCUCUCUACAACUUCAAGAAGCUCAUGGUGGUUCCCACCGCAAAGGACUUCAUAGACAUCACACUGUCAAAAACCCAGAGGAAAACGCCCACGGUCAUCCACAAACAUUAUCAGAUUCACCGAAUCAGACACUUCUACAUGAGAAAAGUGAAGUUCACUCAGCAGAACUAUCAUGACCGCCUUUCACAGAUCCUGAUGGACUUCCCCAAACUUGAUGACAUCCACCCUUUUUAUGCAGACCUCAUGAACGUGUUGUAUGACAAGGACCAUUACAAGCUGGCUUUGGGGCAGAUCAACAUUGCAAAGAAUCUCAUUGACAAUGUGGCCAAGGACUAUGUGCGCCUGAUGAAGUACGGGGACUCGCUGUAUCGCUGCAAGCAGCUCAAACGGGCCGCUUUGGGCCGCAUGUGCACCAUCCUGAAGAGGCAGAAGCAGAGUCUGGAGUAUCUGGAGCAAGUUCGUCAGCAUCUGUCCCGUCUUCCCACCAUCGACCCCAACACGAGGACCCUGCUGCUGUGUGGCUAUCCCAACGUGGGCAAGUCGAGCUUCAUCAACAAGGUGACCAGAGCAGACGUUGAGGUGCAGCCAUAUGCCUUCACCACCAAGUCCCUGUUUGUUGGACACAUGGAUUAUAAGUACCUGCGCUGGCAGGUGGUGGACACCCCUGGGAUCCUGGACCACCCGUUGGAGGAGAGGAACACCAUCGAGAUGCAGGCCAUCACGGCGCUGGCCCACCUGCGCUCGGCUGUGCUCUACGUCAUGGACCUUUCGGAGCAGUGCGGCCACACACUGAGUCAGCAGCUGGAACUCUUCAACAACAUCCGUCCACUGUUCGCCAACAAGCCUUUGAUCAUCGUGGCUAACAAGUGUGACGUGAAGAAGAUUCACGAGCUGUCAGAGGAAAACCAGAAGAUUUUUGCGGAGCUCUCUGCUGAGGGAAUUCCUGUCAUUGAGACGAGCACUUUGACGGAGGAAGGAGUGAUGCGAGUCAAAACUGAGGCCUGUGACAGGCUGCUGGCCCAUCGCGUCGACACCAAGAUGAAGGGGAAGAAGGUGCACGACGUUCUCAACAGGCUCCACCUGGCGGUGCCGACCAGGAGGGACAACAAGGAGAGGCCCCCCUUCAUCCCCGAUGGAGCCUUGGCGCGCCGGAAGGCGAUGGAGGUUGAUGCUCCAAAGCGCAAACUGGAGAGGGAUCUCGAACUGGAGCUCGGCGACGACUAUGUCCUGGACCUGCAGAAAUACUGGGACCUCAUGAACAUGGAGGAGACGCAUGAUAAGAUUCCCGAGAUCUGGGAGGGCCACAACAUCGCCGAUUAUAUUGAUCCAGACAUCAUGAAGCACCUGGAGGAUCUGGAGAAGGAGGAGGAGCUGAAGGAGCAGGCCGGGGAGUACGAGUCGGAUGAGGAUACGGAAGAUGAGGAGAUGCAGGAAAUUCGACAGCUCGCCAAGCAAAUCAAAGAGAAGAGGAAGCUCAAGAUCAUGGCGUCCAAGGAGAAGGAUAUCCACGGACCAAGAAUGCCCAGGACAGCCAAAAAGGUUGACAGGAGAAUUCUUGAGAAGGAGAUGGGAGAACUGGGUCUAGACAUGGAGGACAAGGACAACAGCCACUACGCCGGUCAGGCCCGUCGGUCCAGGAGUGUCGCCAAAAAGCGCAAACGCGAGGAGUCUGCUCCCCCCACAUCUCGUACCCGCAGCCAGAGUGCCUCACGGCCCCCGAGGGACGUGUCUGGUGUCCGCGACCCCAGGAUGUUGAAGAAGGUGAGGAAGAUGAUGAAAAACAGCCAGAAGGACAUGAAUCGCAUGGGCAAGAAGGGCGAGUCGGACAGGCACGUGUUCGACCUCAAGCCCAAACACCUGCUGGUGGGCAAGAGGAAGUUGGGGUCUACGAGCCGCCGAUAGAAGGCAACAUCGAUCAGAUUUUCACCCAAGUGUACCUUCCACUGUUCCCGUUUGCUCCAUGUAGUAAAAGCAAAUUUAACAUGU